AUGGCUAAAGAGACUGCGUCCGUGCAGUCGCCGGAGCUUUAUGUUCCCAGCACACGGCCGGCCAAGCAGACCACGUUCCGCGAAUGGGUGCUCGUCAACCAGAUCGGAAUCUCGCUGACCAUUCUGGCCAUGUUACUGGCUCUUCACAACCUCUACCCCCUCCUCCGUCCCCAUACGCAACCUUUCUUCGAACUUUCCUAUUACGACGCUGCCACGAACUCAUAUGUCCAGGGCUGGAAUGAUGUCUACUUUGUUGUCAGCGCCGUCCUGGCCCUGAUCGCGAUUCGCGCAAUUGCAAUUGAAUGGAUUCUCCAGCCAUUGGCUCGCCGGGCUGGCCUCAAGCGAAAGGGCGCGGUCCGCCUUGCAGAGCAGGGCUCGCAAGCUCUUUACUAUGGAUUCAUCUGGGGUGUGGGAUUGUACUUGUGGAAGAACUCUCAGUACUGGUUCGAUUUGGACGCCAUCUGGGACCAGUGGCCUGCUCGCCCGCUUUCUGGCCUUAUGAAGUGGUAUCUUCUCGUGGAACUUUCAUUCCUCAUUCAGCAGAUCUUCGUCAUCCACGCGGAGGAGCGGAGGAAGGACCACUACCAGAUGCUGUCUCACCACUUUAUCACCUGCACUCUUCUGAGCUCCGCUUAUAUCUACGGAUUCUACAAUGUAUCCAACGUGGUCCUGUGUUUGAUGGACAUUGUCGACUUCUUACUUCCUUCAGCCAAGAUUCUCAAGUACUUGAAGUUCCAGAACGCCUGCAACGUUGCCUUUGGUAUUUUCAUGUCGACCUGGUUCGUCACACGGCAUAUCCUCUAUAACGUACUCACCUGGUCCAUCCACAAGAAUAUUCCCGCCAAAACGCCUUACGGCUGUUACACUGACGGCAAGAUGACCAGCACCAAUGGCUACCCCAAUGCGCUUGCAUAUAUGUUUGCGCCAUUCCAAAGCCUUGAGAACCCAAUCUGCAUGAACGCUACCAUCAAGUGGAUCUUCUUGGCCUUCCUGAUGUCGCUGCAGGUGCUCUCUAUCGUCUGGUUCACCAUGAUUGUCCGCGUCGCAUACGGGGUGAUCUGCACCGGCGCGGCCGAUGACUCCCGCAGCGACGAGGAGGACGAAGUCGAAAUCAACGACGAAGAAGCAACUAACGGUUCCGUACGGCUGGCCGCUAAGGAAAGCGUUAGUGCUACCCCCACUGUGAACGAUGCCGCCCCUAGCCUGGGCCGCCGCCGGUCCAAUGGAGCCGGUUCUAUGCGUGCCCGGGGCCGCGGUCGUGUUCCUUUCGACCAGAGUGACCGCAAGGCUCUUUUGGGCCGUAUUGGUUGUGACAAGCCUACCUAG